GGCUGGCGCGUGUAGCGGUGCGACAUGUUGUCGGCGUGCGGUACCCGGUCACGCGAGGGCCGAACGCUGAAAAGGCGCGCAGCCCGAUGUACAUCCAGGUGCCGAGGCGAAAACUCAGGAGAACCGGAGGGCGAGUGAGGAGAGGAGGAGCGGAGGCGGAGGAAGAGGAAGGUGGAGGUGGAGAAGUCUGAGGAGGAGCGCAGCAUCAGGAUGCGGAGCUUUGCUCCGCGAUGGAGUGCGGAGGCAGCGAUGCGGCGAUGCGUUCUCGCGUCUCAAAAAAGGACCUGCCUACGAAUGGAUGGCUGGCGCCCACUGGUAGGCAGCUCCACCGGUGCGACAUGUUGUCGGCGUGCGGUACCCGGUCACGCGAGGGCCGAACGCUGAAAAGGCGCGCAGCCCGAUGUACAUCCAGGUGCCGAGGCGAAAACUCAGGAGAACCGGAGGGCGAGUGAGGAGAGGAGGAGCGGAGGCGGAGGAAGAGGAAGGUGGAGGUGGAGAAGUCUGAGGAGGAGCGCAGCAUCAGGAUGCGGAGCUUUGCUCCGCGAUGGAGUGCGGAGGCAGCGAUGCGGCGAUGCGUUCUCGCGUCUCAAAAAAGGACCUGCCUACGAAUGGAUGGCUGGCGCCCACUGGUAGGCAGCUCCACGUGCGUAUAUAAAUCGCACGAGCGCUUCACUCCUUGACCUCAACCUCCGCGUUGUGAAUGCCGCGCUGGGGUGUUGGGCCCCUGCCACGGCCAGGACAUUCGAGCCCCACCAGGCAGCCCAGCGCGACGCCGCAGACCAAGAACAAGAUCAACAAGAAGAAGAUCAAGACACCAGCGAAGACUGCAAUUAAUCCCCAUGGCUCGGUGGUGGCUGUGCUGUUUGAUGUGGCCGAACUCGUGCCCGUAUCAAUGGUCGUCGUGGCCGUCUUGGUGGUCGUCGCGGUGGUCGUCUCAGUUGUUGUCUCGGUGGUUGUCUCGGUGAUUGUCUUGAUGGUGGUAGUAGUGCUUGACGUCGCGGAACUCGUGGCCGUCCUGGUGGUGACGAUGGUGCCGCCGUCGAACACGUACACGGAGCCAGAAUUGUCGCCCUGGUCGUCGUCAUAGUAGGCCCCCACCACCACGCGGGCCCUGUCGGAGCUCACGGCCACCGCGAAUCCGAAAUUGUCGCCUGCGGCCCCAUCACUCGCCACAAGCUUGAGCAGCCUCUCGCCGGUGGUACCGUCGAACACGUGCACGGAGCCAAAUAGCUGCCCUGGUCUUCGUCACGAUAGGCCCCCACCACCACGCGGCCCCCUCGGAGUUCACGGCCACCGCAUUUCCGAAAUAGUCGUAUGCGGCCCCA